UCUGCAUCCAGAUCUCAAGUCGCUGUCAGUGGCUCCCCCCUGGAGGAUUCCUCCCAGCAGAGUGUCGUUAUCUCAAGGGGCUCUGGUUCAUCCAGAUCCUCUAUGGCUCCAGUUGACCGCCUGGCGCUUGAGCGGGGCGCCAUGAGAAGAGACAAUAUGCCUGCCAGGCUUAUCCAGACUAUGUUAGCGUCACGGAGGCCUUCCACUGAGCGCAUUUACUCAGCCUCUUGGCAGGCUUUUUGUUCCUGGUGUCAAAGGGCGGGGGUUUCUCCACUCCGGGUUUCCAUUUUGCAUAUAUUGGAAUUUUUGCAGGAAGGGUUAGACAAGGGGUUAGCUCCCAACACACUUCGUAGACAGGUAGCAGCUAUUUCCACGGUUUUAUCCUGUGAUCCACUGACUUCCUUGUCUCAACAUCCUUCUAUCAGGAGGUUUUUCAAAGGGGCCAAAAAUUUAUGUCCUCCCGUGGUCCACAGAUAUCCCACUUGGGAUCUUUCGCUGGUCCUAAAUUCCCUAACAGGGCCUCCUUAUGAGCCAUUGAGGUCUACCUCUCUGAGGCUAUUAACUUGUAAGGUUGCCUUUUUGGUGGCUAUCACCUCUGCCAGAAGGAUUUCAGAAUUAGCUGCCCUCUCUGUCCGCAGUGAUCUUUGUGUUUUCCAUCCGGAUCGAGUAGUGCUCCGUUUGGAUCCUUCAUUCAUUCCUAAAGUAAAUUCAGUUUUCCAUCGCAUGCAGGAACUUAAUUUGCCUAAUUUUUGCCCUCGCCCAGUUCACGGGUUAGAGCGCCAUUGGCAUACUUUAGAUGUUAGAAGAGCUUUGAGAAUAUACAUUAAGAGAACAGCAGAGUUAAGGAGAACAGAGUCCUUGUUUGUGUCUUUCCUUCCUGUUUCUUUAGGGCGUAAGGUGACCUCGUCCACCAUAGGCAGAUAGAUUAGGCAUACGAUAGCCAAGGCUUACGAGAUGAGAUCCCUGCCUAGGCCCCCGCGUUUAACAGCGCAUUCCACUCGCAGUGCAGCUACCUCAGCGGCCUGGUCUACUCAGGCAUCCUUGCCAGAGAUAUGCAGGGCAGCCACCUGGUCGUCGCCCUCUCCAUUUAUUAGACACUACAGAGUGGACAAGUAUGCUUCGGCUGAAGCUGCCUUUGGCCGUAGGGUGCUGCAGCAGGUACUUGUAUCUGAGGUUGAAUCUGUCCAGACCGAUCCCUCCCGUAGUUAGGGACACUAGGCUUUGGUAUGUCCCACUCUGACUGCUGUCUCCACCAUAAUGGAGAAGGGGCGUUGGUACUUACCUGAGACGCACCUUCUAGUU